AGGAAUCGAAGCGUGCUCUGUCAUCUGCUCGUGCUCGUCCGGAAUCGGAGCUGGCAAUUCUGAUUCUCGAUUCAUGGCGACAGUUCUGGCCUCGAGGGCUGCUCUUGUGCUGCCCACUCCAGGCCAGCAGCAGCACCGGAGGCCGGUCCUCGUGCGUCUGCCUCGACCGGACGCCGCGGGGCUUGCCACGGGAUGGAGCUCGUUUUUCUGUGCACCACCGCAGUUUUCUGCUCGACCCGUCGUGCGAAUUCAAAAUCGGCAGGUUGGUGUGGCGCGAGCUGCGUGGACACGGAAAUCGAAGAGUGCACUGGAUCCGCCGAGCAAUAAGAGGUCAUGGAAACAGCGGCACGAGAAGUUUUUGAAGCCAUUCAUGCUCGAUGUGUUCAUCUCGCACAAGUACAUUCACGCCAAAGUGAUGCAUCGUGUCACGAGCCGAGUCGUGUCCGUAGCCACGACCAAUGCCAAAGAAUUGAGGUUCUCGCUGCAAUCGCUGACGGACGACAAUGCGUGCAAAACGGUGGGGAAGCUGCUGGCCGAGAGGUCAAUCGAAGCCGACGUUUUCGCUGUCAAAUUCGAUCUCCGGAAGAACGAGAAGUUCGAGGGCAAGCUUGCUCUCGUUGUAAAUACGAUGGUCGAGCAUGGAAUUGUAGUUGUUUAGCAGGUCUGUAAAUAGAGAUUAGCGUCCCUCGUCCCUCGAAGUGUAAUCGAUCAUGAGACCUGAAGUGCAAGUGAAGAGCACAUUCGCUGGCUGCAGCUAUUAGACGGCCGGCCCAAUGGGUUCAGAUGUACCAACAUGGACAUGAAGGAUAAAUAGAAAAUCCGCACCCGCGAAUUGCUGGUGACCAAUCAUUCA